AUGGAUCACGACUCUCCUGGCUUGCCCGACGAUGAUUCUAGUCUCUGGCAGGCACCUGCAGAACAAGAAGGCCCCAGCAAACAAGCCAAUGCAGCAAAGCACACAUACCAGGAACAACAAGCAUAUGAGGAAUGCCUGCGUCAAGAACUACAGAGCGUGCGGCAGGUUAACGGGGCCAUUGAAGGUGUUAUCCAGAGCCUCCACAAGGCCAAAAGCAAUAUGGGAACCGUGAACAACACUGUCUCAGCUGCUUCAAGCCUGUUAAAUACAUGGACAAAAAUCUUGUCUCAGACAGAACACAAUCAGCGCCUUAUACUCGACCCCUCAUGGCAAGGCGCCAGUCAGGACAUCGAAGAUAUCGAAGAGGAAGCCCUGGAGAAACAGCGUGCUGCCGAUCGACGAGAAGCCGAAGAGGAGGAGAGGAAGAGAGUAGCAGCAAAGCAGGCGCAAGAGGAAGAGAGGCGCAAACUAGAGACGGCCACCAAACCCACAAGAGGGACUUCGCGAGGUACUGGAAGGAUGGGCGCAGCUGGAAGAGGCUCCGCUGCAAGCACACAAUCCUCAUCUUACGUGCAGGUAGGCGGGGCUAAUACCAGCGGUAUAAAGCGAGGGACAUAUUCCAGCAGAAGAACCAACUCAGGACUUGGGCGAGGGACUACUGGCAGAGCCUCAAGAGGCCGUGGUUGA